AUGUCGCCUCUUCUACAACUGCCGCGCGAGCUGCGCAACCACAUCUACGAUUACUACUUCAGCUGUGAUGGGGGCUAUACACACGUUUUCGAAACGAACAAGCUAAGGCGAGCCGACGAUCAACCGAUCGAAUUGUCUCUCGUGCUGAGCUGCCGGCAAAUCGCCGCCGAAACCCAUGGCCUUGCCCUGCGAAGCAAUACACUUCAGUUCACGACUUUCCACUCGGAUGCCACGCAGGAAGAUGCCGUCUUGCUCCAUGCAAGCAACAAUGCCAUUCGCUACAUCAAAGAGUCGAUACUCAACUACGCAACGCAUGACUAUCUCAGCGAAGAGCAAGCACAGACGGCGAGGGAAGCGUAUCCGCAAUUCUCGCCGGUGAUUGAUCACUGGCAGUCGCCGCGUCACUCGAUAAUCCAGCGCGCCCUGUUUAGGCCUUACCUGAUAUGUGGUGAGGCUCCGUCCAUUUGGCACGACUUUGUAGCCUUCACCUUGGAUCUAGUCUCUCAGCACCCUGAAUUUCUGAAGAAUGCUAGAGUAUGGUCUGAGCUGCCGUUCAAGAACAACGAAUAUCAUCUGGUUAGCGAUGUUGAUACUAGACCUUGGGAAAUCCCAGACGGCACGGAAAUUGCGAGGCUGCGGAGGAUCUCGGGACAGCCCUUCGACACUUUCCACCUUUCUGCUCGCACAAAGCACGCUUAUUCGGCAGCCUCAAGAGCUCUUCUCUUUCUGCACUCCGCGCCCGAGACUACACGCGAGAACAUUCGGGAGAUCCUGUUGAUUGAGAACCGCGAAUCGAUAUCGCUUCCUGAUAGCCAUGGCAGAGGAUUCAUCCCUUUCUGUCAAACAUAUCCACAGCUCAAAGUUGAACGCCGCGCCAGUCUUUGGAGCAAUGUCUUCCCUAUCGCUUCACAUAACUUGUCCAGUUAUUUGGAAAACGAUCAAAGCUUGUUUGAUAAAGGUGAUGAGGGGCAUUUGUUCCUCACCAGAUGUUACGCCGAGGACAUGACUAAGGCGAUGGGUACGUGGAUAAAAGAGGCAGAGACCCUUGUGUCGCUCGGCAUGCCACAUGGCUGUUUCACUCUCGUUCUCGAUGGCGAUCCUGUGCCAGAGCUUUCAUCGCGCGCCUUCCACGUAAUUCAACGCGACGUCGCAUGGCAGACCGCCCUCGAUACCUGCUACGCCCGGGGAAUUCUACCGCAACCUUCCUGGCUCGAUCGGCGACUAGGUACCCGUGGUUUCAUCUAUGAAGGACUACCAGAAGCAGUUCGAGCUCUUUCCACCAAUAGCCCGCUCAUCAGAACCAACUUUGAGCUCCCUCCACCUUACGAUGUUGAGCAACUACUAGAAGAGAACAGAGGAUGGUCUGCGCAUUACUGGGAUAUGAGCUGGGACUCACACAAGCCGAAAGUGUUCCAGACUGAGCCACCACUACCACCUUGGCAUGUGCUUCGUUGGGGACAUGUCAUUUGGAGGCCCUAG